AAGUUCGAACAGUUCUGGUGAGUUCCCACUUCCAGUACCUUCUCUCUCUAAGAUUCCACAAUGAGAGCUACUCUCAUAAGGACCGGUUCGUCACCGGUUCACGCCUCACUGGUACCCGGUUCACCGAAGGUCUCUUUCUCCGGAUCAGGAAAGGAUUUCGUUAACUCGUCAGUGUUCUCCGGCGAAAACAAGAAGAAAUCGUCACCGUCGCCGCCGCCGCCGCCGCAUUUGGAGAUCAAGGACAAGAGGACUAUCCGGCGAGCGAUGUCGGAAGCUGACGUUUCAUGUCCACUGAACAAAAAUUCCGGUAGGUUUUCUAAGUUAUCAGGUCCUGGAUCUCGCUCUUUUCCGGCUAAUAUUCUGGAGGAGGAGGAGGAGGAGGAGGAGGUGGAGGAAGAGAUCUGCUAUGGUGAUGUGGAUGACUGUGGAAUGUCGUGGAACGUAUUUGUGAGGGAAAAGUCUAACUUCGCCGGUGGCAAAGGAAUGAAGGUCGGCGGCGACGGAGGUAGUACCGAUCAGAAGAAGAUCGGUGAUUAUUAUCAAAAAAUGUUGAAAUCUAACCCUGGAGAUCCACUUCUGUUAAGGAACUACGGACAGUUCUUACAUCAGGUAGAGAAAGAUGCAGUGAGAGCCGAAGAGUACUAUGGAAGAGCUAUUCUAGCAAGUCCAGGAGACGGUGAAGUGUUGUCUCUGUACGGGAAAUUGAUCUGGGAAACCCAAAGAAAUGAAGACAGAGCCAACGCUUACUUCGAACAAGCCGUUCAAGCUUCCUCUAACGACUGCUUUGUGAUGGGAUCGUAUGCACACUUCCUAUGGGAUGCAGAGGAAGACGAUAAUGGAGAAGAAGUGGGCGCAGCUGCUUUGGUGGAGGCCUUUUGACGUGAUCUUAGAUCUCUCUCUCUCUCUCUCUCUCUCUCUUAUGAGGAGGAUGAUGAUGAUGGGUUUCGCGCUUUGUAAUGUAUUAAUAGCAUUUCUGACUCUAACAAGCAACUACUUUGCCUUCCAAUUUUAAGCUUUGUAGCCUAACUGUGUAACUGUAAAAGUUUGAAACCUAAAAAUAUAUGAAGCUUUUGUAAACA